GCUGCUGCAGAGCGGCCGGGAGGAGGGUGGGUCUCCCUAGAGCGGAGCGCCGGAGUCCUCCUCCUCCGCCGCCGCCCAGGCCGCCGCCGCUGCCGCCGCCCUCCGGACUCCUCUUGCCGCGCCCCGCGCGGAACUCCGAGCGCGGUCCGAUCGGCGCAGCCGAGGCCCAAGAGCCCGCGGGUCGAGCGGCUCGCGGUGCAGAUUUUUCUUAAUCCUCUGAGGACUCUGGAAAACAGGAUGGCUGCAAACAAGCCCAAGGGUCAGAAUUCUUUGGCCUUACACAAAGUCAUCAUGGUGGGCAGUGGUGGUGUGGGCAAGUCUGCCCUGACUCUGCAGUUCAUGUACGACGAGUUUGUAGAGGACUAUGAACCUACCAAAGCGGACAGCUACAGGAAGAAGGUAGUCCUGGACGGGGAAGAAGUGCAGAUCGACAUCUUAGAUACAGCGGGGCAGGAGGACUAUGCUGCAAUUAGAGACAACUACUUCCGAAGUGGGGAGGGAUUCCUCUGUGUCUUCUCUAUCACAGAGAUGGAGUCCUUCGCAGCUACCGCGGACUUCAGGGAGCAGAUUUUAAGAGUAAAAGAAGAUGAGAAUGUUCCAUUUCUCCUGGUUGGUAACAAGUCAGAUCUAGAAGAUAAAAGGCAGGUUUCUGUAGAAGAGGCAAAAAACAGAGCUGACCAGUGGAACGUUAACUAUGUGGAGACGUCUGCUAAAACGCGCGCCAACGUUGACAAGGUAUUUUUUGAUUUAAUGAGGGAAAUACGAGCCAGAAAGAUGGAAGACAGCAAAGAAAAAAAUGGAAAAAAGAAGAGGAAAAGUUUAGCCAAGAGAAUCAGAGAAAGAUGCUGCAUUUUAUAAUCAAAGCCCAAACUCCUUUCUUAUCCUGACCUGACCAUACUAAUAAAUAUAAUUUAUAAGCAUUGCCAUUGGAGGCUCAAUUGACUGAAAUUACUUUAACAUUUUGGAAAUUGUUAUGUAUCACUAAAAGCAUGAAUUGGAACUGCACUGGAAGUCAAAUUCACUUAAAAAAGAAAUUGUGUGGCUUCACCAAGAAGCAGAGUUCAACUUAUUUCAUAAUUGCCUACAUUUAUCACAGUCCUGAAUGUAGCGUGUAAGCUUGGUUUUUUUUUGGGGGGGGGGCAGUCUUUCUCAAACUGUUAAUCAAGAGGUAAGAUGGGGGCGGGGAAGAAAUGACCAUUUCCUCUGGUGUUUAUUAUAAAGCUUAAAUUUUAUAUUAUUUUAAAAUGUCUUGGUCUUCUACUGCCUUGAAAAAUGACAAUUGUGAACACGAUAGUUAACUGUACUACUUUUUAAGCUGUUGUUAUGCAAAUCUUGAAGAAGUUACUGGCAUGGUUGUUGCAUAUAGUAAAACUGAGAGUAAUUCACCUGUGAAUCUGCAUAUUAAUUACCUGAUGAUUAACUUAGAAAAGAGAUGGGAACUUAUUAUACAUGGACAUUUUUGAAUAUGCCUUAAUUUAGAAACUGAAAAAUAAUCCAGUGACAUCAUUCUGGGUGUGUUCUCACUAGCUCGCGGGGCCACUUGCUGCCCAUGUGACGAAUAACAGAAGAUCUUAUCUUGCCAGGCCGUGGAGAGCUACAAGAAAGAUUCCUGAGAAAUGUCCAACUGCUAGGAGUCUGACCAAAUUACAGAUGUGUGCCAUACUCUGGUUCUUAGAGUUCCAGAGCUCCUUCAUUGGUUUUAAUAAACUCUAAGGUAGUUAAAGAUGAAGGGCCAGCAUAUAUUUAUAUGAUAAGUUUAGAUUAUGAGCGUGAGUACCAAUUAAGUUUGAAUGAAUGCCCCUUUUAUGUAGAGUGCUGGUCCCCAGUCAUUGCUGUCUGCAAGUGAUGCGCAUUUAAGUGUUUAAUCUCCUGGGAGCAGGGCACAGGGAAGACUAUGAGGAGAGCUAAUGUGGUCUGUACAAGGACACUGGAGGAAGUAUGUUUGCUACCUGUAAGUUCUAAAUGUGUACUCCUGAGGUUACAGUUUGGGUGUUAGGAGAAGUCUUUGUAGUCUCUUUAUGUUCAUAAUGAAUACUGUAUCAAUAUUUCCUAACAUGAAGCAGUCAAACAUGUAUGGCACAUACUGACCAGACGUCAGUCUGUGAUGUUUCCGCUGCAAGAAUUCAAGCAUGCUGUUAGGAAUGUAAUUUCAAUGGGAAGUAAACCACUAUUAGGUUUUUUUUCUUUUCCUCUGUGGGGCUAAGACACUUGAUUAAACAGUUUUUCUUGUUGCACAGUCCUAAUUUCAUAAGGUCAAGGAGACACUCAGGCAUUCCAGGAAACAAAUGUGUACAUGAUGUUACCAGAAACAGGCAUUCAGGAACUCUACUGUCUAGAUACUACAUUCAGCUUACCAUAAAUAUUUGUCCUUGAAGGGUUUGAUUUAAUAUUUUCACAGACUAGGCCAUGUGCAAAAUUAGAGUUCCCUGUGUAACCCCAGCCAGCAGGCCCAGCAUGGCUGCGUGCACUCAUUGCAGUCUUGUUGAACCAGGGUCCUAACCACUAACAUUGCAAUUUGCUUUGAGACCUUCCCUGUCCUGGGUACUAGGUGCUAUGAAGCCAGCUGACAGAAGCAUCACAUGUCUUGGGCUGAUGCCGCUACCCGGUUCAUUUAUUUGCAAUUUGAGCCAUUUAAAGACCAAUAAAAUUCCUUUUCUAUAAA